UUCCUCUUACUCUCUUGAUUCCCCUUCAUUGAAAUAUUUCUGCUUCUGGUUUGAGUAUAAGUUACCGGGUUCUUGCUAGUACAUGCAUGAAGCAGUUUCUUUAAGAAAGUUUUGGUUCUUGCUAUGGGGAUAGAUCUUGAACAGCCUUCGGGAGAAUUCCACCAGGCAGAUAAUGGACCUGGUGGGAAUAGUCAUAUGGUAGAUGGCAGAGAGGAAAAUACUUCUGGAGAUAGAGUGAUUGUAAGUGUAACUAACGUUCCUGUAAAUGAUAGGGAGAUUGCUGGAAAAAAUGGAAGUGUGUCAAAUUUCAAAAACAGGGUAGAUGCCAGAGAUGAAAUCAACUUGAAUGCUCCGAAAAAUAUAGAGCUUCAUGACGGACUGGAGUUUGAAUCAAAGGAAGAAGCUUUUUCCUUCUAUAAAGAAUAUGCCAAGUCUAUGGGGUUCGCUGCAGUAAUUAAGGCUAGCCGCCGGUCCAGAGCAUCUGGAAAAUUCAUUGAUGCAAAAUUUGCAUGCAGUAGAUAUGGGACCAAACCGGAAACUAGUCAACCUGAAACUGCAGAACCUGUUUCACAUUCCAGAGAGUCAAGUAUCUGCCUUAAGAGAAAACGAGGAGGUCGUGCUAGCCAAUCUUUGGAAAAAACGGAUUGUAAAGCCUGCAUGCAUGUUAAGAGAAGGCAAGAUGGUAGAUGGACUGUUUGUACUCUCAUUAAAGAGCACAAUCAUGACAUUUUUCCUGAUGAAGCCUAUUAUUUUCGAGGGCACAGGAAGUUAGAUAUAAGUAGCGGUAAUGUUGGUGGUAAUGUCGGGGGUAAUGUUGAUGGCUUAAAUGCUAUCCGGAGAAGAACAAAGAAUCUGUUUGCCAAUAUGUCCAGACAGUCUGGGGGCUACAAGAAGUCCACUAAUCCAAAGGGUGGUGGGAAAAAUCAAUCACCAAGUGUACAUCAUUUGUCUCUAGAGGAAGGAGAUGCUCAAGUCAUGCUUGACCACUUUCUAUGUAUGCAAGAUGAGAAUCCUAACUUCUUUUAUGCAAUUGAUCUGAAUGAAGAGCAGCGAUUGAGAAAUGUUUUCUGGGUUGAUGCCAAAGGUAGACUUGAUUAUGAAAUUUUUAGUGAUGUAGUAUUUCUUGAUACCACAUAUAUCAAGAAUGAAUAUAAAUUGCCAUUUGCUCCCUUUAUUGGUGUGAACCACCAUCUUCAGUUCAUUUCGCUUGGAUGUGCUUUACUUGCUGAUGAGAGUAAAUCAACCUAUGUCUGGCUUAUGCGGGCAUGGUUAAAAGCAAUGGGCGGACAUGCUCCAAGAGUGAUACUCACUGACCAGGACAAGUUCUUGAAAGAAGCUGUCGCAGAGGUCUUUCCUGAUUCUCGUCAUUGUUUUUGUUUGUGGCACAUAUUGGGUAAGAUGCCUGAGAAGCUUGGAUAUGUUACAAGGCAGCACGAUCAAUUUAUGGAGAAUUUUAACGAAUGCAUUUUCAAGUCUUGGACAAUUGAACAGGUUGAAAUAAGAUGGUUCAAAAUGGUUGACAGAUUCAAUUUAAGAAAUGACAUAUGGUUGCAGUCAUUGUUUGAAGAUCGUAGACAAUGGAUACCAGCAUUCAUGAGAGGCAUUUUCUUGGCAGGGAUGUCUACAACCCAGCAAUCAGAAAGUUUAAACUGUUUCUUUGACAAAUACAUGCAGAGGAAAACGACAUUGAAAGAGUUUCUUGAACAAUACAAUACAAUCCUCUGUGAGAAGUAUGAAGAGGAAGCAAAGGCAGAUUUUGAAACAUGGCAUAAACAACCUGCAUUGAAAUCUCCAUCACCUUUUGGGAAACAAAUGGCUACCUUGUAUACUCAUGUAGUAUUCAAGAAAUUCCAAGUUGAGGUUUUGGGAGUAGUUGCUUGUCAUCCAAAGAAAGAAGCUGAAGAUGGAGCAAUCAAAACUUUUAGAGUUCAAGAUUUUGAAGAGGAUCACCAUUUCAUUGUGGAGUGGAAUGAACUGACGUCAGAUAUAUCCUGUUUAUGCCAUUCAUUUGAAUUCAAUGGUUUCCUUUGUAGACAUGUGAUGAUUGUACUGCAAAUAUCUGGUGUACACAAUAUUCCAUCUCAGUAUAUAUUGAAACGUUGGACAAAAGAUGCAAAGAGCAGGCAGACAAGGGGUGUGGGAUCGAGUUCGUUUAAGUCUAGAGUUCAACUUUACAAUGAUCUAUGCAGACGAGCCUUUGAAUUGGGUGAUGAAGGUUCUUUAUCGCAGGAAAGUUAUAAUAUUGCAUUUGUGGCAUUAGAAGAAGCUUUGAGAAAUUGUGAGAAUAUGAAUAACUCAAUUCAGAGGGUAAUACAUCCAGUGUCUCCAGAGACUCAUGGUUCUCAUAGCUUUGAAGGAGUGAACCAAGGUAACAGCACUAACAAGAUGAAUAAAAAGAAUAGUACAUCUAAGAAAGGACAGGUACAUUCUGAGCCAGAGGUCCUAACCAUUGAGAUGCAAGAGAGCUGGCAAGGACUGGAACAAUUGAGCUCGAGUGCUACCACCCUAGAUGGUUAUAUUGGCCCACAACAACUAGUUCAAGGAAUGGGGCCAUUAAACACAAUUUCCUCAAGGCGUGAAAAUUAUUAUAGCAAUCAGCAUAUGCAGGGGCUGGGGCAAUUGAACUCAAUCACACACAUCCAGGAUGCUCAAUACAUAAAUCAGCAAAGACUGCAUGGAGUGGGGCAGUUCCAUUUCAGACCACAAACUAUCCCGAAUUUUGUAAUUGCAGAUGAUCCGCAAGAUGUGGAUCAUUCCACUGUGGGACGCACUCAGAUUCAUGGCUUGGCGUCAAAGCAUUUGCAGUCGAAACAUCCAUCUUGUCAGUAGCAAUAGAUAGGUGGGGAGAAAAUAAUUUAUUGAACUGCAACAAUCAAUUUGAAGAAAUCCACAUAGGGAGAGAACGGGACCCUGGUCGUACAAUCUGUCAUCUUGGUCCGUAUGUAGUACAUAUUGGAAAGCCUCUGAAGCUGAAGGAAAUGAUCCAUUUACCUUUUAGUUGUAGCUGUGUUGUAUGUUAUCAUUGUGUCUGUCCAUGUACAAUUUUAGAUGUAAUCCAAAAUCCAAUUUCUAUAGCUGU